AUGACAUUUUCCAAUAAAGAUUAUAGUAGCCAAAAUGAAGUCGACGACGAUGAUACAAGCGACAAACCUAUCAAUAAAAUGUCAAUCCUCAACAAUGGGUAUAGCAGCCAAGAUGAGGACGAUGACAAGAAUGAAGACGAUGAUACAAGCGAAGAAUCUAGCAAUAAAAUGACAUUCUUCAAUAAAGAUUAUAGUAGCCAGGACGAGGACGACAAGAGUGAAGACGAUGACACAAACGACAAAUAUAUCAAUAAUAUGACCUUCUCCAACAAAGAUGAUAAUAGCCAGGAAGAGGACGAGGACAAGAGUGACGACGACGAUGAUACAAGCGACAAACCUAUCAAUAAAAUGUCAAUCCUCAACAAUGGGUAUAGCAGCCAAGAUGAGGACGAUGACAAGAGUGAAUUCGAUGAUACAAGCGAAAAAUCUAGCAAUAAAAUGACAUUCUCCAAUAAAGAUUAUAGUAGCCAAAAUGAGGACGACGAUAAGAGUGAAGAUGACGACUCAAUUGUUAAAUCCAACAAUAAAAUGACAAUCUCCAGUGAUUAUAGUAGCCAAGAUGAGGAUAACAAGAGUGAAGACGAUGAUACAAGCGAAAAAUCUAGCAAUAAAUUGACUUUCUCCAAUAAAGAUUAUAGUAGCCAAAAUGAGGACGGCAAGAGUGAAGACGAUGAUACAAGUGUUGAAUCUAGCAGUAAAAUGAUGGCAGUUUCUAAGGAGAAUAAUAACGAUUUCAUCAGCAAAACUGUAACUUUAGAGACAGAAAACGAUGAUUCAGGUGAUGAUUCUAGCAGUAAGGCUUCGACUUCUAGCGAAAACAAUUAUAUUGAUAGUAAUUCACGUUUAAGUUUUGAUGACGAUAAUUCAAUUAACUUUUACAACAGCAACACAACUAGUAGCAGCCAAGAUAAUGUCAAUAGUGAAUCUGAUAUAAGCCUUUGUGAAGAUGAUAUUAUAAAUGAUUUUGAAUCUGAAGAAGACUCAACUUUUAACAGCUAUGAUGAAGAGA